UCUGUCAUCCGGGUAUCUGCCAUCGAGAGAGUGUGGGUGAGGAGGCGGGAAAUGGCGUCUGUGAGCACAUCGCAGUAUCAGCUACUAGACCGUUCAUAAAAACAGCAAAGCAGAGGAACUAAAAAAACGAAAAAGCAGCUGCUGUCCGCACCGUGGCAGCCAGCAGUGCUUGAUCAGUCAACUCGUUUUCUAGAUAAGGUGGAGUACUGUAAAUCUUACAUGUGGCUCUUAAAACAAUGAGGCUGAGAAUGCGGAAGGCAUCUCAGCAGUCGAGCCCUGCCCAUGCGCCCCGCCCAUCCCGGACCAAGCGGAGGCAUUCAGAAGUGGAGGAGUGCACGCCGACAGGUGGCAGGAGAGGCCUGCUGUCCACCAUUAAGAAAUUAAUCAGAGGAAAUGCUGUCAAGGUAGAGCAGGAGAACCCAGCAAAGAAGACACGGCUCACCUGCGACGUAGACGACAACCUGAUCUCUUCCACACCACAAGGCGGCGAUGCCCCCAGGAGGACAAUCUCCAGGGUUAGCAGGAGAAACUCGGUCAACGGGGAAGCGACAAACCAUGACACGAGUAGUAAGCCUGUGAAGCCCAAUGGGAAGCUGGAGGAGGCGGCAGAGACCUUGACCAGUCCGCCUAGAACCACACUCCUGGGAACCAUCUUCUCUCCAGUCUUCAACUUCUUCUCACCAGCAAAUAAAAAUGGCACGUCAGGUUCGGACUCCCCAGACCAGGCGUUGGAGGCUGAGGAGAUCGUCAAGCAGCUGGACAUGGAGACGGUGGAGGAGACCCCCACCUGCACUGCCACCUCCACCAAGGAAGUGUGUACGACUAUGCCCAUUUACUCCAGCAACAUGCUGCCCCCCAUGCGGCCCCCACACCCUCCAGAAGUGCCCAUCGAGGAAGAGGAGGUCGUCACAGACAUGCCUCCUCUCACAGCCCCAGACGCCCCCCCAGAAGGAGGCUAUGUGGAGGCACAGCCCACAGCCCGUGCAGAGGGGACAUACGAGGAGGACUGGGAGGUCUUUGACCCGUAUUUCUUCAUCAAGCAUGUACCUCCACUGACUGAGGAACAGCUGACCAGGAAGCCUGCCCUCCCACUAAAGACCCGCAGUACACCAGAGUUCUCCCUGGUUCUCGACCUGGAUGAGACAUUGGUGCACUGUAGCUUGAAUGAGCUGGACGAUGCAGCACUUACCUUCCCGGUCCUGUUUCAAGAUGUAAUUUACCAGGUGUAUGUGCGUUUAAGGCCGUUCUUCAGAGAGUUCCUGGAGCGCACGUCUCAAAUCUAUGAGAUCAUUCUCUUCACUGCCUCAAAGAAGGUUUAUGCAGACAAGUUGCUCAACAUCUUGGAUCCCAAGAAACAGUUGGUUAGACACAGGUUAUUUCGUGAGCAUUGUGUCUGCGUACAAGGGAACUACAUCAAGGACCUGAACAUCCUUGGAAGAGACCUGUCCAAGACCGUCAUCAUUGACAAUUCACCACAAGCCUUUGCAUAUCAGCUUUCCAAUGGGAUUCCCAUUGAGAGCUGGUUCAUGGACAAAAAUGACAACGAACUCCUGAAGCUUGUCCCGUUCUUGGAGAAGCUUGUUGAGCUGAACGAGGAUGUGAGGCCACAUGUUCGAGAACGGUUUCGUCUGCACGAGCUUCUUCCCCCAGACUGAUCCCUGGAAUAGACGGACAGAAGAGAUAACGAAUGAUUGAAUAAACCAACACAGACAUGUAAAAAGCCCUCUUUGGAUUACAACAUUGCCAUUACUGUUUAAGGUUUCACUUUUUCUCUUUUUACCCCACAUUGUUUUUUUUUUUCUUUCAUUGAUAACGACAAUGCAAAGUAAAAGUUUUGAAGCAACAUCUGGUUAAAAAUAAUUUACAAAGCCACAUGUUUAGAUCACAUUACUGUGGGCAAGAUCAAGAAGGCUCCUCCUUUUGACUGGCUUUUUUUCAUGAGCAGGUUCUUUCUCCCUGCUUCCUAUCGGAGGGGCCAAGGUGCUGUCUGUCUGGACUGAAUGUGUUAGCUGACAGAGAAGAGGAUUAUACUUGCUCCCUUUGGUGCUUUCAUGGGACUGUUGACAGUGACACUCAUUGGCUACAGACCAAUUUGAACAGGAAUGGCCAGUAAAGUGUGUGUGUUUUGUGUGUGGGUACAUAGCUUAUCUUUUCUUUCCAGCUUGGGGUUUUUACAAACUUUUUACCAGUAGCCUAUAGGAUCUCAUUAUGCAUUCCUCUAGCUGAAUUUCUUUGUUUUGUAGACACUCGUUGUAACCGCAAUGUGUUAUUUUACCCCAUUUCACAAUGUUGCAUUUGCUUUUUUCUGGGACACUUUGCCAAUAAUCAAUCAAUCAAUUAGUAUAACGUUCAAGAAAUUUGCAUCAAGGGACAGACAGUUUGUUUGACUAAAUGUUCCCCGCUUCUAAAGUAACGUGUUGACAUUUUUCUUUUAUAGUAACAUUUUUAUUUGUCAUUCAUAUAUUUCAAUGUAUUUUUACUAAACCAGGGUUUUAUUUUUAUGGAUAUGUCUAGUAUUGAAUUAUAACUCAUGUAGAUUUCACCCCUGUCUGUUACUGGGGGCACAUGGAUGGAUUGAUGGAUGGAUAGGUGGCUGGGUCCUGAAACAGCCCAAAAUGUAGCACCACCAGCAUAUAAACAGCAAGCCUCGGCACUGUGGUAUAAACCCAACCUGCCUAGUAGGUUUUUUUUGUUUUAGGAAAUGGUUUUAUUAUAUGGCUUUAAAGCCUUUUUAAAUGCAGUAGAAAGAAGCAGCGUUUUUGGAGAACCUUCGUUAUGAAUGUCUGGAUGUUUCUCCCCAGACUUGGGAGAGUUGUAGAGAAAUAUACCAUGAUGCAUUGUCAGAUAUUGUACCUAGUACUUGUUAUUUCAUGUGGCCUAACCAGAUCAUAGACACUUUAUUGAUGAUAAACUGUAAGGAAAAAAUUACACCUAAAACGGUUACCGUUCCAUGUCCAUUUGGCCCUUUUGUUGAUAUUAUGGACUUGUACAUUAGCUGGUCAUGUAUAUGGUGCCAUAACCUCCUUCCUAACAUGAUCAAACAUCGCCACCCAUGUCAUCUUUUUUUCUCUCUCUCUCUUGUUGGAAGUGUUUAUAAGUCGGAGACAAUCAACCCUCGAAUAUCAAAACACUCAAAUCGGAAAGGAAAUUCUGGUCCGUUUGCUCUAUAUUUGUUCUAAAUUGAAUUGUGCCAUGCGAACAAAGUUGUUAGGUGAAUCCAACUGUGCCCUAUCCCCGCUAAUCAUGCAUGUCAUUUUGCCAAACAUCUGAAGGACUGAGGGUAAAAACCCUGUAGAAUUCCAGUCCUUUUAGCCUGCUCUCUCAUUGCCUUUCUGGAAAUCAUCGCCCUAUAAAACUGAACUGACAGAUGAGUUACACUACAGGGCGGAUAUUUGUUUUUAGAUUUUUUUGCCAACCCUAAAUAUUUCCAGACUAUGAAUGUUAUUUUUUCCCACACUUGAUCCCAAAAUGGGGGGGAAUUAACAAAUCAAAAGUCCAUGAUCCAAAGGAUCUAUCAAUUUCUUAGAUUUUUGCUGCUUUGAACGCGCACAACGAGUAAUUUCUUUCCGCCAUUUGUAUAAAAAAAAAAUAUAUAUAUAUAUAUAUAUAUAUAUAAAUAAUGAACACCCUAUUCUAUAGCAUUUUCAAAUAUGCAACCCUAUCCAUACCCACUUUAGCGGUUGGUUGAGAGUUGUCCCCAUAAGCCUGACAUGGCCCCUAGGAGGAUGAACCUGCUCCUUAAAGGGGGCCUGGCACUUUUCUAUCAAGGGAGAGCUUACUUUGUCAUUGUUUAAGGAUGGGCUAUUUGACAUGUGCAUCCAGUUCAUUUUUAUGUGAAUUCUACCUGUUUUAUUGUACAAUGGAAAUUGUACAAUACAUGCAGCUUUGCGUUAAAGGAAAAUCUUUUUGUAUUUUUUAUUUCAAAAGGCAUGUCAUCUACUUUUUAAACGUAUUCAUUAAGAUUUAACUUUACAUCAGAGGGAGUGUUUUUCUUACAAAUAUCUGUGUAUGUUUAGUUAGGGCAGUGUCACUGAACUGUUAGAAACCUAGCAUGUAUGUACAGAAUCUUGUUUUGUGGGGAAGUCCUGAAUUAAAUUUUAAUCUUGGCACUUUUUCUGCAGAAAAGAGCAACUGUGGUAAUUAACUUUUUUCAAUUUCCGUUAAGGCGUAUUUAAAAUGUAUUUUUAAAUGCUUAAAAUGACAUCUUUGUUAACCAUGUUGUAAAAUGUACAUACCAAAUUGCAUUGAAGUAUUGAACAAAGUUUUAAAGUUAAA